AUGCUACACCCUAAGAACACGGAAAUUUAUUUCGAGCUGAACACCAAAGCAAAGAUCCCAGCUUUGGGUCUUGGAACGGCUAAUGAACCCGAACAAAUUCCACAAACAAAACAAGCCAUCAAGGCUGCAAUCAAAGCGGGUUACAGACUUAUUGACACAGCAUGGGCUUAUCAAUGUGAAGAUCGUAUUGGUGAAGCUUUGAGAGAAAUUUUUGAUGAAGGUGUGCUCAAGAGAGAAGACAUCUUCAUUACGACGAAGGUAUGGCCAACCCACUGGGACAUUGCCUCCGAAUCCAUCGACCGUUCUUUGAAGAAUCUGGGGGUGGACUAUGUCGACCUUGUGCUUCAACAUUGGCCUUUGUGCUUCAACAGAGUUGAGGACAAGAACGGCGUGGACGGGAUUGUGAGGAACCCCACGCACGAGGAUGGCAGUCCCAAUAUCAACACAGAGGGUGACUAUUUGUCCACCUACAAGCAAUUAGAAAAAAUGUACUUGAACAAGGACCCUCGUUUCAAAGCCAUCGGUGUGUCCAACUACCCUGUAGAGUAUCUGCAAAGGCUGCUUAAGGAGUGCACCGUUGUUCCAGCUCUGAACCAGGUGGAAAUUCAUCCCCAACUGCCACAGGUGGAAUUACGCGAAUUUUGCCAAACGCACAAAAUUGUUCUGGAAUCCUACUCACCCUUCGGUGCAACUGGUUCACCUUUGAACCAGAAUCAAAGGUUCCAAGCGCUUGCUGAAAAGUAUUCCUGUACCCCUAACGAUAUCCUUUUAGCCUACAACAUCAGACAAGGGCAAGUUGUAGUUCCCCGCUCGGUCAAUCCAAAGAACAUUGUGUCCAACAUCGAAUUUGUGCCUUUGGCCAAGGAAGAUAUUACUUUCUUGACCCAAUACGGUCUUGAAAACCCAAUGCGUUUCAGAGAUGAACCAUUUGCGGAAUCUAUACCUGGUUUCCGCGAGAACAAGAAUUAG